AUGUCCGUCCCUGAGUUUGCCACGCCUGAGGUCUGUCACAGAUGUGAGGUGGUGGAUGGUGUCCUGCGUUAUCCUCCAGUUGGUACUAGUGUAUUGGUGGUUGGGGGUGGGCCUUGCGGUUAUAUGACAGCUCUCGAAUGCUGGAGAAAGGGUCUCGAUGUCCGUGUCGUCGAGAAGGCUGACAAGAUUACGGUGGUUGGCAAGUUUACACUGGGCUAUGUCAACUUGGGGAUCGCAAAACUAACAGAAGUGACAGGAGACUCGUUUCUUGUCGGACCAUCGGGCUUGGCAACUCUAAAAUGCUACCCCAGCAUGCUGCAAGAAUAUCAUGACGGGAAGAUUGCCUGGGACAACUUCUUAUCCUUUCGCCGGCUCGAUGGUGCUCCCCUUAUGCCCCCUCAGGAGUUGGAGUACAACAGAAACGACGUUCCACCUCAUGCAGCCUGGCCGCUGAGAGUGAAAGCCAUGGUGAGCCGAGCAGACUUCACGAACAUGCUGCACGACCAGUGCCGUAGGCUAGGAAUCCCGAUCACGUUUGGAGCCAACGUUGUUGAUUACACCGAAAAUGGGGAUGCCGGUUUUGCGAUUACAGACGAUGGCCGUACAUUUACCGCAGACAUUAUCGUGGCCGCAGAUGGUUUAGGCACCAAGUCGCAUAAAGUCAUCAUUGGUGAGAGCGUCAGAGCUUUGCCUACUGGAUCCGUGGUCUUUCGCUCAUUUUACCGUCCUGAUCCUGAGAAAAGCCCGAAUCUCUCAAAGCAUUUGACACCAUCACGUCCUGAUUUGCGUCUAUACUCAGGCCGCGACUUUCAUUGUCUUGUCAGUGCGAGCACGGAUCACGUUUUGCUGGGAAUUACUCUUCCCGUGAGUCCCUUGCCAUCCAAAUUGGUAGGACUACAACUUACUGACAUUGAACAGCAAGCUGGAACAACGCCCCAGGAACAGUGGUCCUCCACUGUGUCCGUUGGAGACCUCAUUUCCAGACUACCCGAUAUGGAUAGGUGGGACCCGUUGAUGAGAGAAGCAGUCCGAAGCAUUCCAGGAAACAAUGUUAUCGAGUGGCAGCUUUGUUUCCGAGAGCCGCAGGCAAAGUGGACUACAUCCAACGGCCGCAUUAUCCAAGCAGGAGAUAGCGCCCAUGCGUUCAUUCCUACGUCAGGUUCAGGCGUCACAACCGCCCUUGAAGAUGCUCUUUCUCUAGCGGAGUGUCUUCGCAUGGCCGGUGGAGACCCUCGAGCGGGUGUCAAAGUACAUGAAUUAUUGAGGAUCCGCCGCGUAUCAGUCUUGCAGAGGCUCGGCUUCGUGAACCGCGGCGAACUGCACCGUGAAGGGGGUUUGGAAGCAACAGUACAAGAGAUGGACGACAGGCAGCCUAUGAGUCUUGGGAAGUGGAUCUGGACGCACAAUGCGGAGUCGUAUGCGACCUCAAAGUUCGCCGAAGCGUAUUCACAUGUCAAAAGCGGUUCCAGCUUCACUGACGGAAACCUCCCGGUAGGAUUUACUUGGCAACCUUGGAGUAUGAAGUCUGAACUUGAAAUGGAGAGGCGAGGUGAAAGGGUGUCUGACUUCAGGCAGAAUGGAGAUUGGGGAAUAUAUUGA